AUGCUAUCGCCUAUUGAUGGAGUUCAAUACCAAAACAAUGUACAUUAUCGAGCUUGUGCAGUGAAAUAAACAUCUGGAUACUGUUAGGAAAUUACGUCUUGUAAACAUACUGGCUAUUUAUAAAAAUAUAUAGGUAUUUCAGUUUAAUACUAUAAAUGUGUAAUUGACCGUGAAUCGAGGUAUAUUCACUUAAAUCAGCUUUACUUUCGAAACUGUGAUCAGGAAUGAUUUCGCCACCGAAGGAAAAGGGGUCUGGGUUUGGCAGUAAGGGGCUGCACAAAAUACAGAACAUGCUUCAUCACCGGCCCCGGGCAUCGUCACUCGGACAGAAAGACAAGCCGGAGAAACAUGGACACGUACAUGGCAAUGGUGGGGAGAUUCAGUGGUGCUUCUCACAGGUUAAGGGUACAAUCGAGGAUGAUAUCACAGAAGCGGAUAUCAUAUCAUGUGUAGAGUUCAACCACAAUGGAGAGCUCUUGGCCACUGGUGACAAAGGAGGGCGUGUUGUCAUAUUCCAGCGCGACGGAAAGGGGAAUCCUCAUUUCCAUGCUCGUGGGGAAUACAACGUGUACAGCACCUUCCAAAGUCAUGAGCCAGAGUUUGAUUAUCUUAAAAGUUUAGAGAUUGAAGAAAAGAUCAACAAAAUACGCUGGCUUCAACGCAGCAACCCAGCUAACUUCCUCUUGUCUACAAAUGACAAAACAAUAAAGUUGUGGAAGGUCACAGAAAGGGACAAGAGAGCGGAAGGCUACAACCUGAAGGAUGAUGCUGGGAUCAUGCGAGAUCCUACCUCAGUCAAUACACUCCGCAUCCCCAGCUUCAAACCCAUGGAGCUGCUGGUAGAAGCUAGUCCUCGCCGUAUAUUUGCCAAUGCUCACACAUACCACAUCAACUCCAUCUCGGUGAACAGUGAUCAGGAGACAUACCUGUCCGCUGAUGAUCUACGCAUUAACCUUUGGCAUCUAGAAGUCACAAAUCAAAGUUUCAACAUUGUAGACAUCAAGCCGGCCAACAUGGAGGAGCUAACUGAGGUGAUUACAGCGGCCGAGUUUCAUCCCACCGAGUGUAACCUGUUUGUGUACAGCAGUAGCAAGGGAACCAUACGCCUCUGUGAUAUGCGGGAACAAGCACUGUGCGACAAACAUGCCAAACUGUUUGAGGAGCCUGAAGAUCCAACGAACCGUAGCUUCUUCUCCGAGAUCAUAUCCAGUAUAUCUGAUGUGAAAUUCAGUCAUAACGGCCGUUAUAUGGUCACCAGAGACUACCUGUCAGUUAAAGUCUGGGAUCUACAGAUGGACUCAAAGCCCAUAGAGACUUUUCAAGUACACGAGUACCUAAGGAGUAAACUGUGUUCCCUUUAUGAGAAUGACUGUAUAUUUGACAAGUUUGAAUGUGCUUGGAGUGGAAAUGAUAGGCACAUAAUGACUGGUUCAUACAAUAACUUUUUCCGCAUGUUCGACCGAGAAUCAAAGCGUGACGUUACACUGGAGGCCAGUCGGGAGAACGUGAAGCCAAAAACUGUACUGAAACCUCGAAAGGUGUGUAGUGGGGGCAAACGCAAGAAGGAAGAGAUCAGUGUGGAUUGUUUGGACUUUAAUAGAAAAAUCCUACAUGCUGCCUGGCACCCCUUGGAUAAUAUUCUAGCUGUAGCAGCAACAAAUAACUUGUAUCUAUUUUCUUCCAAAGAAUAGAGGAAAAUUUGUGGAAAAUUGGAGUUAUGAAAUGGCCAAUGAAUUAUAGUUUCUUUGUGAAAAAAGAUAAAAAGUCAAGACAAAAAGGGAACCAGAUACAGGAAAGUAGUCUGCACACAAGUUGCUGAUAAGUGUAAGAUCAUGAACUUUCAAUAAGGACUUUUCUGUUUAAUCAUACAACCCACCUCAGGAAUGCAUUUUCUAAUUAGUUGUUUUUUUAAGCUUGUAUCAAAGGAGCCUCCCCUUAAGAAUUUAUAUUGCUUUCCAGGGGUGGGUUUGUGUGUAUUUUACAUGGAAUAGCCCUAUUAUGUCUUCGUACAGUAUUUGUUGACUUGCAUGUGAAAUGUUUAACUCUGGGAAAUAUGUUCAGCUAAUGGUCUGUUGCAUUUAGUCGUGAUGGUUCUGGUAUGUUAUUUGCCGAAAAUGUGUUCCUUACUUGUGAUAACUGUUAACUAGGAUUGUAUCUUGUAAUGCUGGAAUACAGGCAUGUCCGUUAAACAGAGAUAAAUGUCUGAAAUGUAUUUCAAUGAUAUGGCAUUGUAAACGGCAAUAAGCAUUCUGUCUGUUGUAAAUGUUGUAUUUCUUUAUAAGCAUGAAAUCAGUUUUUCAAAACUUACCUAUAUUUACCUUGAUUUUUGUCCUUCUGUUUUACUUUUGGAUUUAUAUACUCUGAACUGUGCUACAUUUUCAAUUUAUUUCCUGCUAUAUAUUAUAAGUGAUAUUUUGCUGGUGUAAUAGUCUACUCUUACAAGCAAUUCGGUAUAAAAUCAAAAAGAAUUGAAAGUUCAAUGCUUUGGUUAACACCAUAUGAUUAUUAGUAUUUAAUGUUUGUAUGCUAUUGUAAUUUGGAAUAUCAGUCUGGUGUGUUUGCUAAGAGCAGAAGGAGCUGAGUAGCCUGUACAUGUUGUUAAUGUAGGAGUCUGUCGGUCAUUCCAGGAUGGUGUAAAAUGGUGCAUAAAAUAGUACACUGUUGGAUGUUUGGUGCAUGAAUACAUUUAGAUGCAACAAUGAUUUGUUAUUUUUUGUACAUUUUAUUGUUGACAAUAUUUAUUAUCUAAUACUUGUUUGUGGCAUACCAGGUGGCAUAUCCAUAGGAAAAUAUGCCUUUGAUAAAGUAUACUUCUUUUGUGCAUUUGAGGAUAAGGCUCAUGUGAUCGUUAACAUAAUCAACUUUUAAAUAUCAUUCAUUCGAUAACAACAACUACAAUUCUCACUUGAUGUACUGUACCGGUACGCCUUUGUCUGAAACUAUUUAACAAUCAUCGAAAUAGACUUCGGAUGAUCAAAUACUAGUGCUUGGCAUCAACAUUCUUAUCAAGCCCUGCUAUAUAAAAUCCAGAAUUUCAGCAAGCCCAGAAAGCAUUUGACCAGUGCAGGGCUUGCUGGCUUGUGCUAGUUUUGACCACUGAUUAACUGAAAUAAUGUAACUGUCAUAAAAUGAUGUGACAUUAAAUGAGGUACCAUGAUGCUAUUAUGAAAUGCCUGUCCUGUUAAGGUUGAGGAUAGUGAGGGCAUAACAGUGUUUUUGCUGCUUUCUCGAGUUAGACCAUCUUAUGUUUUUCUUCUAUCAUUCCACAAUGGUACACCAGUAGGGAAGCCUUAACCCUCAGUUUACUGUGAUAAGAAUAAAACAAUAUCAAGUAGUGCUCAUAGUACUGUUAUAUACUUUUGUGGAGAAGAAGCCCAGCGAAUGAGUACUGGAUUGUUAAUGUUACCAAAUACACAGUCCAAUUGUUAAGGAUUGAUAUAUGCUAUGUUGUAAGCCUUAGUCAUUUCUUAGAUGAUACCAAUUAAGUGCUAAUUAUUUUAAGUACAUGAACAUUAACUUCAUUCUGCAUUACACUGUUCUAUUGUUAAGGGAAUGUAUGCCAUGUUGGAAGCCUAAGUCAUUUCUUAAAUGAUACCAAUUAAGUGCUAAAUGUAUAUUAACUUCAUUCUAUAUUCUGUGCUCAUAAAAUAUUGGCUCAUAUUAUAUAAAAGUGUGGUAUACGUUGAACUUGCAUACACGCAACACAGUCGGUAUUCACUAAUUCCUCGGGUCCAAGUUUAAGGCUAAAAACACAAAACUGUACAUCUUGAUUUCCCAGUAAAAUAAUCGUAUCAAGUAAAACAUUAAUGUUAAGAAUUGCUGUAUUUGUUAUAUUUGUAGUUUUACUUUUAUAUAUUCUCCUUUUGUCGAUAGAAGAUAUGAAUGAUUUUUGAGUCUUAAGUCUCAAACUUCUACUUGAAAAGUUAGUGAAUAGGGGCGCAGUGCUUGAGAAGUGAAGUAUUUUGUAGUGUAUAAGAAACGAUGUCAGAUGUGCAAUACCUUAGCCCCUGUGUAUGCAUCAGCAAUCUGUAAUGUGUUUGUUAUAUCCGAAUAUUCAGGUCUGGAUAUGGUUUUCAUACACAGACAAUUAUACACAUAGCGAGUUCUAUAGCCAUAUCAGAAAUGUGAGAACUUGUUUGUUUUUAUGCCAAAAUCCUUUUUGUAUGUUCUCAAUCAUUUGAAUUAAAUUGAAGGUACUCUCAAAUAACUGCUGUGCCAUUUAGAAACAUUCUUCAGCACUAAAAUGUUGCCCAUUGAAAAUUAAAUUUGUGACUCUUUUAGAGAAAUGUAUAUAGAAAACAAUGGAAAUUACUACAGAAAAUGUAAGCUGGUAGAAAAACAGUUGUUUUUUUUGUAUUUGAUAAAUGUAUGUUAAAAAUGCACAUGACGAAAUAAAAACUAAAUAAUU